ACCACCACAUUUAAUCAACAUAAAGAAAAGAUGAUAUGAAAAUCUGGGGGAAAAAACAAGACCAUGAUUAGGAUCUAGUCAUUUAGGUCAUGAGAAAAGUUAAAGGUUCAGAACUACAGGGUGUCCUCACACAAAAGUAGAAAAAACCUUGGGAGUUUGAUAAAAGGCAAGAUCCCUUUUUUCUCUGCCACAAAUCAUGGGCAAGAUGAUUUUACAAAAAAUUGCUGAAUAUGGCUUGACACUGUGUUCUUUGGGAAGGUUCAUGCAUGCAAAGGAAAUGGGACCUCUACAUACUAUCCUUUACAGCACCAUUGCCUAUUUGGCUUGCUUUCAAUCUCAUACCCCCUUCUCUCUGAGAUGCAUGCAAACUGAUAUUGAGGCCUUACCAUAUUAUUAUCAUAUCACAGAAAGAAAAUAAAGUUGUGGUGUCCACCUCUAGUGUUAGUGUUGCUUUGUCAUUGUCACACCUAUGGAUUUGUCAUGCAGCCUAACCCUAAACAGAUGGGCAAUCUUUGUUUGGGAGCGUCUGGACAUAUACUGCUCACUGUCAAACCAUCUCUGAAAUGGACAAACCCACCUUUAAAUUCAUUCUCACAGCAAUCUAAUCAGGCAAUAGUAUUUUGUUUUUUUAAUCCAUCACUGCUUUUAAAAUACAUGGACUAAUCAAUACCUUCAAAAUAGCCAAUGAAUGCUAUUUAUGAUAUUGCAAAAUGGAUAUUGAAAUAAAAAGUUGCUACUUUGUUUUCAGUAAUUUUGGAUUGAAACAAGGGCAUUUUAAGAUCCCACCAUCCAUGAUAAGAGGAACACUCAAAAAAGUGAAUUGUUGAGUCCCUAUGCUAUAAUUGGAUGAGAUAGAACAGUAUCAGAAUUCUAACCUCAUCAUGUCAGGCAAUGCAAUUACUAUUUUACUCUUGCUUUCCAACAUCUGUUUCUGUAUGUUUCCAGCCAUCUCUGCCUUGAAUCAGGAAGGCCUCUCCCUGCUGUCAUGGCUUUCAACCUUCAAUUCUUCUUCAUCUGCUGCUUUGUUCUCCUCAUGGAGUCCAGACCACCAAAAUCCAUGCAGAUGGGAUUACAUCAGAUGCACAAGUGAUGGGUAUGUCAGUGAAAUCACAAUAACCUCCAUUAGUCUUCCAACUAGCUUCCCCACCCAGCUCUUAUCCUUUCACCAUCUCACCACUCUUGUCCUUUCAAAUGGCAACCUCACCGGAGAAAUUCCACCUUCAAUUGGCAACUUGUCUUCAUUGGUCACCCUGGACCUCAGUUUUAAUGCUCUAACAGGGAAUAUUCCAGCUGAGAUGGGAAAGUUAACCCAACUGCAGGAAUUAUCACUGAACUCAAAUUUCCUACAUGGUGCAAUUCCAAGCGAAAUUGGAAACUGUUCAAAGCUCCGGAUGCUUGAACUCUUUGACAACCAGCUUUCUGGGAAGAUUCCUGCAGAAAUAGGACAGUUAUGGGCUCUGGAAAUCUUUCGUGCAGGUGGAAACUUGGGAAUUCUUGGUGAAAUCCCAAUGCAGAUAUUACACUGCAAACAGCUAGCUUUUCUUGGCCUUGCAGAUACCGGAAUUUCAGGUCAAAUUCCUAGAAGUUUAGGAGAACUGAAGAAUCUCAAGACUCUUUCAAUCUACACAGCCAACCUCAUGGGUAACAUCCCACCUGAAAUUGGUAACUUGUCUUCAUUAGAAAACUUGUUUCUGUAUGAAAACCAACUUUCAGGUGGGAUUCCGGAAGAGCUGAGCAUGCUGAAAAAUCUCAAGAGGGUGUUAUUAUGGCAGAACAAGCUAAGUGGAAGCAUUCCGGCAUCUCUAGGGCACUGUUCAGACUUGAUAGUCAUUGACUUCUCAUUGAAUUCUCUAGGUGGUCAACUUCCAGCAACUCUCGUGAAUCUAGUUGCAUUGGAGGAGCUUCUUCUGUCUGGAAACAAUCUUUCAGGAGAGAUACCAUCAUAUGUCAGCAACUUUUCCAGGCUAAAACAACUUGAAUUAGAUAACAACAUAUUUUCUGGUGAGAUUCCACCUUCCAUUGGGAAACUAAAGGAGCUUUCUCUGUUCUUUGCCUGGCAAAAUCAGCUCCAUGGAAGCAUACCAGUGGAGCUAGCUAACUGUGAGAAACUUGUAGCAUUGGAUCUUUCACACAAUUUCCUUACAGGGUCAGUUCCAGGAUCUCUCUUCAAUUUGAAGAACUUGACUCAAUUGUUGUUGAUAUCAAACAGACUCUCAGGUGAAAUUCCCCCUGAUAUUGGUAAUUGUAGCAGCUUGAACCGUUUAAGGCUGGGAUCAAACGACUUCAGAGGCCAUAUUCCAUCAGGAAUUGGGCUCCUACGUAAUUUGAGCUUUCUUGAAUUGUCAGAAAAUCAAUUUACCGGAGAAAUUCCCCCUGAAAUUGGCAAGUGCACUCAGCUAGAAAUGAUAGAUUUGCAUGGAAACAAGCUUCAAGGUACAAUCCCACCAUCCUUGGAAUCUCUUUCCAGCCUUAAUGUCUUAGACCUUUCAUCAAACAGUUUAGGAGGCACCAUUCCUCAGAAUUUGGGCCAGCUCACAUCCUUGAACAAACUAAUUAUCAGUGGAAAUUACAUCACUGGUUUGAUUCCCACAUCCCUGGGCUCCUGCAAGGAUCUGCAGUUGCUAGACAUCAGCAGAAACAGGAUUAUCGGUUCUAUACCAGAAGAGAUUGGUGAUUUGCAAGGAUUGGAUAUCCUUCUGAACUUGAGUUGGAAUUCCUUAACAGGGCCUAUUCCUGAAAGCUUUUCAAAUCUCUCAAAGCUGGCCAACUUAGAUCUCUCUCACAACAUGCUAGAAGGAAGCCUUAGAGUUCUAGCUGGCCUUGACAAUCUUGUUUCUCUUGAUGUUUCCUACAAUAACUUUUCAGGCAUCCUUCCAGAUACUAAGUUUAUGCAUGAUCUCCCUCCCUCUGCAUUUGCCGGCAAUCCAAAUCUCUGCAUCAACAGAAGUGAGUGCCUCCAUGGAAAGAAAUCAACCCAAAACCUUGUCCUGCGCACUUUUCUCAUCAUGACAGUAUCCGUGAUAAUAGUAAUAGUUGCUGUAGCUUUGUUUAUCAGAGUCCAUGAAGCUACAUUUGAAGAGAAUGAUGAAAAUAAAUUUUUGGAGUGGCAUUUUACUCCAUUUCAAAAGCUCAACUUCUCUAUAAAUGAUAUUGUCCCAAGUCUAUCUGAAUCCAACAUCAUAGGAAAGGGUUGUUCAGGCAUGGUUUAUCGUGUUGAGACUCCAACAAAGCAGGUUAUUGCAGUGAAGAAGCUAUGGCCAUUAAAGCAUGGAGAGUUCCCAGAAAGAGAUCUAUUUUCUGCAGAAGUUCAGACUCUUGGAUCAAUAAGACAUAAGAACAUAGUGAGGCUACUGGGAUGUUGCAAUGAUGGGAAAACCAGAUUGCUCUUGUUUGAUUACAUCAGUAAUGGUAGUUUGGGCGGAUUGCUUCACGAGAAGAAGAUCUUUUUGGACUGGGAUGCAAGAUAUAAUAUCAUAGUAGGAGCAGCACAAGGACUGGCUUACCUCCACCAUGAUUGUAUUCCCCCAAUCCUUCAUCGUGACAUCAAGGCUAAUAACAUCUUGGUAGGACCACAGUUUGAAGCUUUUCUAGCUGAUUUUGGCCUUGCAAAGCUUGUUGAUGCUUCAGAAAGUCCAGGAGUUUCCAGCAUUGUUGCAGGUUCUUAUGGCUACAUUGCACCUGAGUAUGGAUACAGUAUGAGGAUCACAGAAAAGAGUGAUGUCUAUAGCUAUGGGGUGGUGCUCCUAGAGGUCUUGACUGGAAAGGAACCAACUGACAGCAGAAUUCCAGAAGCUGCCCACAUUAUCACUUGGAUUAACAAAGAGCUUCGUGAGAAAAGAAAAGAGUUCACUACAAUUCUUGACCAGCAACUGCUCCUGCAAUCAGGUACACAGAUCCAAGAGAUGUUUCAGGUGCUAGGGGUGGCUCUUCUCUGUGUUAAUCCCUCCCCAGAGGAAAGACCCUCAAUGAGAGAUGUAACAGCAAUGCUCAUGGAGAUUAGGCAAGAACAUGAGGAUUGUGAAAAGCCAAGUUCUCUCGGGAAAGGAGUGGAGAACAACCCAAAAGCAGCAGUCCACUGCUCUAGCUUCUCUAGAUCAUCAGAACCUCUACUUAGUUCACUUUCCCAGGUGCCAGUUUCCCAGAAUCUCCAACAAUAGUUGAAGGCUAUUUUUUCAAAUAAGAAAUCAUCUGUAUAUAUUUGAUACUCUGUAAAAUCCAAAAAAAAAAAAAAAAACUUAAAUUAAUUUCACAUCCUUCU